UUUCUCAAUCCCUCGGUAUUUAUACCUCUUUCCUUUUCUUCAUCUUACAUUCUUUCUUUCAUCUCCUAACUAACGGAGGGGAGGUUCACAAUCUGCACUCUUAGUCUGCUGUAUGGGUUCUGAAGGGCAUGGUGCUGUUUUGGGUAUGCAGGAAGUUUUAAGUUGCUGGAAACGGCUUAGAGGUAUUUCCUUCUCAUGUUGACUUCUUCUUGAUGGCUGCCCUGAGCUUUUGGAUUUCUUGAAUGCAGCAGGUUAAUUGUGUUGCGUUUCUUGUUUCCUACGGACUGUACUCUGUUUUUGGGAGUAUUUCUUAUGCUCCUUCUCUAAUAAAUAUCAUAUAGCUUUGCUGAUCAAAAAAAAAAAACAUUCUUUCUUUCAUCUUCUUUCUCUCUGUCCAAACAUGGUCAAGAAAGAAAGAAACAGAAUGUCGAGGGACUUCAUGCUGUGCUUGGCCAUGGUUCUGGUGCAGGUAUGCUACGCUGUAAUGAACAUCACCUCCAAACUGGCCAUGGAAUCCGGCAUGAAACCUCUUGUUCCCCCUUCUAUAUGUACAUGCAUGCAGCAGAUAAUCAAAAUAGUUUUGUUUAGCCAAGAAAAAGGGAAAUGCUUAGGAAGAUUGAAAAUGGG